UAGAAUUAUAGCCAUUAUGUUAUUUUUAACGAUCGGGCUGGUGCUGCUGCUCGCAGCUCUGGUAUAUAUCUAUAUGACCUGGGGCUUCAACCAUUGGCAAAAGCGUGGAGUUCCUGGACCAAAGCCCAAGGCCUUCACGGGCAACUAUCCGAACUUGUAUACUAUGAAACGACAUGCUAUAUACGAUAUUCAAGAUAUCUAUCGCGAUUAUAAGCAAGACUACGAUGCUGUCGGUAUCUUUGGCGGUCGUGCGCCACAGUUGCUGAUUCUUAGUCCUCAGCUGGCCCGCCGGGUGUUUGUAACCGAUUUCAAGCAUUUCCACGACAACGAAAUAUCAAAAAUGGUCGAUGAAGAGUCGGAUUUCAUUUUUGCCAACAAUCCGUUUUCGUUAGUUGGUGAGGUGUGGAAGGAGCGACGAGCUGAUGUCACGCCCGGCCUGACAAUGGGACGCAUCAAAACCGUCUAUCCUGUGACGAACAAGGUGUGCAAACAACUAAGCGACUUCAUAAAAAAGCAAACCCGCAUUGAAGGAUCGAACGGCGUGGAGGCAAAGGAUAUAAGUCUACGCUUCACCUCGGAAAUGGUCACGGAUUGUGUGCUGGGUCUGAGCGCCCAAAGCUUCAGUGACACACCCACACCCAUCAUGGCGAACGUGAAGAAUUUAUUCGACCAAAGCUGGCAAUUUAUAGUCUACUUCGUACUGCUCAGCCUCUUUCCAGCAUUGCUUUACAUUAAAAGGCUGCGCUUUAUCCCAAAGUCGGUGGAGCACUUUUUCGUCGAUCUAAUGCAGAAUGCAAUUGACACGCGCCGCAAGCAGCAGGAGGAAGGAGGCAAACAUUUCCAACGCGUUGACUUUCUUGACUACAUCAUACAGUUGGCCAACAAGCGGCAACUGAACACCCGUCAACUCACGGCCCACACAAUGACCUUCCUGCUGGAUGGAUUUGAAACAACGGCCGGUAUUCUUGCCCAUUUGCUCCUCUUCCUGGGCAGAGAUGAGCGUGUGCAGCAAAAGCUGCGGGAGGAGGUGACAGCGCAUUUGGAAAGCGGUCAGGAUGUGAUCAAUUUUGACAAGCUACAUGAACUUCCCUAUUUGGAUGCGUGUAUUCAAGAAACCAUUCGCCAUUUUCCGCCCGGCCAUAUGUCCAAUAAGCUCUGCACAGAGCCCUUAGAGAUACCAAACAAGAACGGUCCCAAUUUUGUGAUAGAAAAGGGCACCACAAUCAUUGUUCCGCACUAUUGCUACAUGCAUGAUGAGGAACACUUCAGCAAUCCCGCGGCAUUCGAACCUGAGCGCUUUAUGGAGACAGAUGCAGUCAAAAUAUAUCGUGAGCGUGGCGUAUUCAUGGCUUUCGGAGAUGGUCCCCGCGUGUGCAUAGGUAUGCGUUUUGCCAUGGCCCAAAUCAAGGCCGCCGUAGUCGAGGUGAUAACCCAUUUCAACAUUACUGCCAAUGCAAAGACGCGCAAGGAUAACCUCCUCGAUCGGCUAUUCUUUUUGGCUCGUCUAGAUGGCGGCAUUUGGUUGAAUUUCGAAGAGCGCAAAUGAGCUAAUGGUUUUAUCCACUUAUUUAUACAGGGAGUCAAGUCGAAAUAAAUUCGGCUUAGAAACGUGUCUUGUGGUUAACUCUGUUGUUGAAUGUAUGUAUUGCAACAUUAAUGGUUAAAUAAUAAAUAUUUUACAAAAGCUUAACAUUUUAUUAAGCAA